AUGGCAUCCCAAUCGGCAUCUCCCUGGCGUAACGUCCUCUCGGGAGUGUGCUUCGGUGCUGCUCUCACGGCCGCUGGCAUGUACUCUCCUUCAACCAUCAUUGGUCAGAUGCAUCUCACCAACUUCCAUAUGAUGAAAGGGUUUCUCGCAGCGAGUGCAAGUAGCGCUCUUGCCAUCCUCCUCGGCCAGUCCCUCAACCUCACCUCGUGCAAACCUCGCACACCCGCCGCUCUCUCCUUUUCUCUCCCUCUUCUUCGCUCUCCCUACGACGGGAACCUUCUAGGCGGUCUCCUAAUUGGCUUUGGUAUGGCUCUCGCAGGCGCAUGUCCAGGCACCGUAUUACCUCAAGUGGCAACAGGCGUCACAACUGGCGUGCCCGUUCUCUUCGGUACCCUUGUAGGCGGAAUUCUCUACUCAUUAUUCAAGCCUAUCCUUCAAGGGAAACCGGACGAAGCCAAACAAAAGGAGGAUGCAUUCUCUAAACCAACAGCCUAUGAACAGGCUGGGAUCUCCCGCAACACCGGUCUCGUUCUCUAUGAGGGCUUAUGCGUAGCUACUAUCAUAGCGGCGGUGGGUUUGUUCCCGCAAAACAGUCCGUCGCUCCUUAGCCCCGUCCUCGGCGGUCUCGUGAUAGGGGGAACCCAAUUCGUCACCCUCUUCCUGACCGGAACUACUCUUGGAAUAUCAUCUGCCUACGAACAGAUCGGAGAUCUCUUCUGGUGGUCGGCCAAAUCCCUUGCCAUCGGAGAUAUCAGUAAUAAUGCCACGGCUCUUAGGCCAACAGUCCGAGGAACGGCCUUCGCAUUCGGCACCCUGGCAGGCAGUUGGGUUCUUAGCCAGCUUGUGGAUCUUCCGCUUCCGCAAGAGACCAUCGAUGUCAAUGCCUCGCAGGCGGUGCUUGGUGGCAUAUUGCUGGUCGUCGGAGCGCGGAUUGCGGGCGGCUGUACAAGUGGCCACGGCAUUAGUGGAAUGUCGAUGCUGUCUGUAGCAAGUAUGGUGAGCGUAUUAGGAAUGUUUGCGGGCGGAAUGGGGUUGGUUGCGCUGCAUAACGCUCUGAAGUAG